GUUGGGUGCCUGUUAAAGGUUGGUGGUCGCUGCCCUUGUGGCUCCAGUGUCCACCUAGAGAGUCGACCAAAAUGAACCUUCUUCUCGUCGGAGUCGUGCUGCUGGUGGACCUGCUGGCAGCGCAAGUGUCACUCAGCCCUCCUGCACAGGUGACGUUUGAGUCGGUGGACUUUAACAACAUUCUGCGCUGGACCGCGUCCACCGACGACAGUGAUCGACGCUACCACGUCCAGUGGAAGAUUUAUGGAGCUUCAGAGUGGAAGGAUGUGGACCACUGUCACGGCAUCCCGAUGCACCACUGUGACGUUAGCAACGUGACCUCUGACCUCAGAGAAUGGUACUACGCCAGACUGAGGGCGUCGUCAUCAUCCAGCACGUCGGCAUGGGUCCUCUCGCCGAGAUUCAACCCCCGGUGGGACACCAAAAUAAGUGCACCGCUGCUGAGGUUGAACGUCACAGAGAGAGGGAUUGUGGUCCGCGUGAGGACCCCCCCGCUUCUGGCCGGGAAGAUACAAAGCAGUCUGCUGUACAGAAGUCUGCUCUACAGAAUCUACCUCGUCCAGCCCUCGGGCAAGGAGGAGGUGUUUGAGGAGAUUGUUUGCUGCGCAGGCAAGCUGCUUGUGACCAAAGUGAAGCACAAGAGCAAAUAUUGUCUUCAGGUUCAGACCAUCAACCGCCUGCAAGGCCGCAGCAGUGCUCGCGGGCCGCGGAAGUGCAUCACCACGCUGUGAUCACGCUAUGGUAAGAAGACACUAUCUAGUGAUACAAACAAAUACAGUGACAGGCAAGUGUCAGGUGUUGAAGGACAAUUGGCCCUAAAGCUUCACGGCGCGCUUUGACUCAGCCCACCUGGCUCACUAUUUUUAGAUACGUGCAGCGGCGUGCAGCAUGGCACACUUGUUGCUUUUUAUGCUUCAUUCGAGGUUUUGUUUGUUUUUUUUCUCUCCACAAAGUGAUGCAUUUCCACCUCCAAACCAGACCGCUGUGUCCACCACAAGCGUGUCUGCUUCCAUUUACACACUCAACCACUACAUUACACUACACUACACAGCAACACACAACAGACAAGAAUGCUGUUUUUUCUGCUCGCUUUUUGCUGUUAGCUGAUAAUACUAAGACUACGUACUCUUGAGUCAUCAAAAAAAACACUAAAAAUCAACUUUUGAAUCAAUGUACAAAUACGUUUUGUUUUGUGCAUGCUUGAGAAGUUACAUGAUUAUUCAUGCCCAAUUGUUGAACAUGUUUUCACUGUGAAGGGGGUCUUAAAAGGUGCUAUGGCCUUCCAAUCCUUGAUCACUAUGCUGUAUUAUUCUGUCUGAGAUGGAGCAGAGCGUAUUUCAUCUUACCCCCUCAAUUACUUGGUUUGUUCACUGCAUGUUUUGUCAUUAAAGGUUUGUUCACUUCCUGUGUUUCUCA